AUGCCAGAACAAGAGAACAAUCAAGAGCACAUGAAUUCUGAUGUCAACAGUAUCAACUCUUUACCUAAAAAUGACCAUGAGAGGAUCAGACGUACAAAGAUUAUGAACUCCUUGGAUAACUUGGAUUACUUGAUGUUGAUUGCAGCACAACAAAAGAAAUCCAUAGCACAAGUGACUUACGAACUCAAACUUCAAUUAAUUAAUGGCGAUUAA